UCGCGCGUGAAUCGUGAGUUCCAGCCAAGUGCUCCGCCGUGGGUUUCGACGUGGAUUCCUGAUAGAGAAUCAUGACUUCAGCAGUGGGAAACGUGGGACUGUCUAUGGGCAAGCUGACAAGGCCACCAAUGGAGGUGCUGGCAGUGAAUAGCCGCCGUUCGCCCUGGUAUCCUGUGGUCUCCAAACCUGUGACCAAUGUGCUACGUAAGGGCUUGCCUCCGCCUCCUGCUGCCAUCUGUCUGCACUCGGUCUUUGCUGCUCUCCGUUAUCAAUCCCGGAACACCCCCAGGACCCGUGCCACGGUUGGACGUGUUCCUGUGCAUCUCUGUGGGGCACGAGUGGGUGUAGUUGUUUUAGAGGGAAAUUGCCGCAAAGCCCCUCCUCAGAGGUCUGGGCACUCCUCAAAGCCCCUCCUGGUGACAAACCGGCGGCAGCGCAGUCGACGAGUCGUUGCCUCGGCAAAGGUCGUCGCAGCAGCAGACAGAUCUGCUAGCGACGAAGUCCAGCCGCCAGCCAGUGAAGGGGAAUGUGUGCAGCAGGCUGUAACUGCGAUCUUGUCAGCUCUCAGUAAGACUGUAGGCUCGGGUGGGGUGGGGGGCAUGGGUAUUAUUGGGGGCGCCAAGGGCGUGAGGAAGCAGAAGCAAGGGGUACAUUUGCGGCAACCCAGGUUGCGGAUACAGAUACCAGUCGCAGACGAAUCCCCAUCCACUGGUGCACGACUGGCUAUGGAUCUGGUCAGUGCACUGCGGGAAAGGGGAGGAGGUCGCUACACAAGUCCUAUUGAACUUUGCUUUGCCGACCCUGACGCUAGGGCAGCCACCGGGGUGGAUCAUGAACAGGCCGCACAACUCAGUCUUCGGAUCUCAGAUAGCACAAAUAGAUCGAUGGCCUCUUCCGAGUCUUCUCUGAUCUUCGUUGUCUCACCGCGCGAAGAGCAGGUUCCUGGGCUGCAGUUGUUCUGCAAUUCCGCUGGGUGUCCAGUGAUUGUUCUGAAUCCAUAUUGGUCGGAGGAGGCCAGCUUAAGUCCUGGGGUGAGAGGCUUCAUAGGCUCUUUUGACAUUGUCUAUUCUUUCACUCCUCUUGCUAUUCAAGGGCUGUUCAGUAAGUCAGAAGGGGCUGUCCUGAAGUACGUCAGAAGCGGCCAUGCAGGAGCCUCUCCCUGGAUGAUAUUCGCAAAGGAAGACGGCGAGUUUAAAAUGAAGACAGAGCUGAGGAAAGCACCGUCACCAGAAGAGCUUGAAAAGGUUGAUAAGGUUCGAUGGAUGCCGUCUCCAUCAGGGAACCCUGCGGAAAGGUUCUUGGCCCUAGGCAGCUGGGACUUUGACCAAAGAGUGAGCAGGCUGGAGAUCCUAGCGAUCGAUACGUCACAGGAAGUUGUAGCAUUCAGCGACGAGGCACAGCAAACUGCGCCGAGGCUGCAGGCUCCUCUCCGCUACUGGGAAUUGAAUGGAAGAGUGACAGACCUUCAGGUCGUGCCCCGAGAGGGCAAUGAUGUUAUGCUUGUUACGGGAUCAACCGAUGGGCACAUUUCUUUGGUAAUGACGGAUCUGUCGCAGAGUGCGUCCUCCAGCUCACAAGCUGCGUCCGUCAUGCAGCUGCCGGCCAUGCACAAGGGGAGUGUUACAGGAUUGGACGUAGGACGUGACAGCCUAGAUGUGGCCAUGGUUGGGGAAGAUGGGAAGAUAAACAUCAUUGGACUCGUGCACGGAAUACAACAGCCAUUGACAACAUGGGACAUGCGUGGCACAGUGUCGUUUUCAGCCGUGCAGUGGACAUCGGUUCAAGAGCUUGUGACUGCGGGAACUGGAGGCGUUCUGCAAUGCUGGGAUCGACGACAGGGAGGGCGGUCCGUUUCCCAGGCACCAUUGAGGUGGGCGCAUCAGGAGGGGCUUGGGGCAAUGAUGCAUUGCAUCGAUGUACACCCGUCUCGCCGACAUAUCUGCGCCGUUGGCUGCUCAGGAGGCUCGGUCGUGGCAUGGGAUUUAAGAUGGCAGCAAGAACCGCUUGUCCUUGUUGGACCGCUGCAGCAGAGCAGCCAGAGACGGAGAAGUUCUUCAGGGAGCUCGAUCAAACGGCACUCUGCCGGUCAGCAGACUGAGCUUCUCAUUGCCGAAGGUGAUGUUUGGGAAGUGCGAUUCGACAGUCUAGCACAGGGUGGUGUCAGAGCUGGGGUCUUUGACACAGAUCGCAACAAGCUCCCUCCUGUUAUGAUGUGUAGCGAAGACGGUGUUUUGGCGUUGGCAGGUGGCGGGGAAGCCCUGGAGCUCUAUGUCGGAAGCUGUGCUAUUAAUACUUUCGACGUCGAUCCUGAAUUUGGCCAGGAUGUCAUCUGUGGUACAGAGCACGAAUGCCUCGUUUACCUGCGCCGGGCACGGUAUGGUGUGGGGGUUUACUAGCCUCUGGCCUUUGUGUUCUUGCACAGGGCUUGUUCCUGAGACAGCACAUGUCAUCUCUGGUACAGCACACAAAUGUGUCUGUCACUGUUUUUACAUGCUUGUUCCACUCGAACAGAAUACUAGACAUCAAGAGGGAUUUCGCCCCCCUUCGUGUUUAACAGCGAGGAGCCUCUGAGAUUAUUGGCUGAGGAGGUUUUGAGAUUGCCCUUGGGGCCUAAGUGAGGUUUUAGUCAUUCAUUUUGCAGGUAUUUGUAAAAUUUGUUCUCCCCCUGGGAAAC